AUGGCCAGCUGGAAAUCCUAUAUUGACCACCUGAUGGCUGAUGGGACAUGCCAGGAUGCUGCCAUUGUUGGUUACAAGGAUGUUCCUUCUGUGUGGGCUGCUGUCCCUGGCAAGAUUUUUGCAGGCAUCUCUCCUGUGGAGAUGAAUGUGUUACUGGGGAAGGAUCGCUCUCUGCUAUUUGUCAAUGGACUGACACUGGGAGGCCAGAAGUGCUCAGUGAUCAGAGACAAUCUGAUGAUAGAUGGGGAGUUCACCAUGGACCUGAGAACAAAGAGCAUUAAAGGAGAACCCACUUUCAACAUUACAAUCUCCCGAACAGCCAGAACUUUGGUUGUGCUAAUGGGCAAAGAAGGAAUCCAUGGAGGAAAUGUUAACAUGAAAUGUUUUGAGAUGGCUUGUUACUUAAGAAAUGCAGGGUAUUGA